GUUGGGUACCCAGGCUGGGAGCAGGAACUAAGGCAGAGCUGGCAGCCAGGUGCGAGCACGCUGGUGUCUAGGCGUGGUCCUUGGGCAGGUCUACCACUUCCAUCCGUAGGUGCCUACCGCCUCGCCUCGCACUUUCUGGACGGCCUCCGCCGGGCCACCCGUUUGCCCCGCUGCCCCCGCACGCGCCAGCUGCUCCGGGCUUUGGGCCCAUCAGGCAACUGCGCACAGUUGGCGGCCCCGCGAGGCGGCGCGGCCUGGGAGGCGGACCGCAGGCGCUCCAUUCCCUGAAGCGAGUGUUUCCUGGGCUCCCGCAGCGCAGACCCGGCGCCAGCCUGGGGUCCAGCAUCCCUGCCGACCCUUCUGGCAGCAGCGUGAGCGGCACUGCUGCGGGAGCAGUGCGACCGCACCCGUCUCGGCAGUCAGGAUGCUGCCGGUGUACCCGGAGGCGAAGCACAACCCGCUGCGCGACUCGAACAUCUGCUCGCGCCUGUUGUUCUGCUGGCUAAACCCCCUGUUGCGAGUUGGCUACAAGCGGAGGUUAGAGGAAGAUGACAUGUACUUGGUGCUUCCAGAAGAUCGCUCCGCGCGCCUUGGAGAAGAGCUGCGAGGGUACUGGCAUCGAGAAGUUUCGAGAGCUGAGAAAGACGCACAGGAGCCUUCUUUAACAAAAGCCAUCAUCAAGUGUUACUGGAAAUCCUAUUUAGUUUUGGGAAUUUUUACGUUUCUUGAGGAAGGCACCAGAAUAGUUCAGCCUGUCCUUUUGGGGAAAAUUAUUAGUUAUUUGGAAUACUAUGAUCCCAGUGAUUCUGCCGCCUUCCACGAAGCCUUGGCCUACGCCACAGGGCUGAGCGUCUGCGUGCUCACCUGGGCCUUUCUGCACCACUUGUACUUCUAUCACAUUCAGCGUGUGGGGAUGAGGCUGAGGGUAGCCGUGUGCCACAUGAUUUACCGCAAGGCACUUUGCCUGAGCAACUCGGCCACAAGGGAGACCAGCACUGGCCAGAUAGUCAAUCUGCUGUCCAAUGAUGUGAACAGAUUUGACCAGGUGACGAUGUUCCUGCACUUUCUGUGGGUGGGGCCUCUGCAGGCUGUCGCGGUGACCGCCCUGCUCUGGAUGGAAGUAGGAAUAUCGUGUCUUGCGGGGAUGGCGGUUCUAAUUCUUCUCCUGCUUUUGCAAAGCUGCAUCGGGAAGUUGUUUUCAUCACUCCGGAGUAAGACUGCAGCUUACACAGAUGACAGGAUCAGGUCUGUGAGUGGUAUAACUGGCAUCAGAACAGUAAAAAUGUACACUUGGGAAAAGUCACUUGCGGAUCUUAUUGCCAGAUUGAGAAGGAAGGAAGUUUCCAAGAUUCUGAGAAGUUCCUACCUUAGAGGACUGAAUUUGGCCUCAUUUUUUGCUCUGAGCAAAAUCAUGGUUUUUGUCACCUUCAUCACCAUUGUGCUCCUUGGCAACGUGAUCACAGCCAGCCAAGUGUUUGUGGUGGUGACACUGUUCGAGGCUCUGCGGUUGACGGGCACCCUCCACUUCCCCAUGGCCGUCGAGAAGGUGUCCGAGGCGGUCGUCAGCAUCCGAAGAAUCAAGAACUUUCUGUUACUCGAUGAGGUAUCAGAGCGCAACUCUCAGCUGCCAUCAGAUGGCGAAACGAUAGUACAGUUGCAAGAUUUCACUGCUUUUUGGGACAAGGCCUCAGGAAUUCCAACCCUCCAAGGCCUUUCCUUUACUGUCAGACCCGGGGAACUGUUAGCUGUGGUCGGACCUGUGGGAGCAGGAAAGUCGUCACUGUUGAGUGCGGUGCUGGGGGAGCUGCCCCCGAGUCAGGGGCAGGUCACCGUGCGCGGGAGGAUCGCGUAUGUUCCUCAGCAGCCCUGGCUGUUUCCCGGAACCGUGAGGAGUAAUAUUUUAUUUGGGAAGAAAUAUGAAAAAGACCGAUAUGAAAAAGUACUAAAGGCUUGUGCUCUGGAAGAGGAUUUGCAGCUUUUGGUUGACAGGGAUCUAACUGUGGUUGGAGACCGGGGAACCCCGCUGAGCGCAGGGCAGAAAGCCCGCAUCAGCCUCGCAAGAGCCGUGUAUCAGGACGCGGACAUCUACCUCCUGGACGACCCGCUCAGCGCUGUUGAUGCAGGAGUCAGCAGGCACCUGUUUGAACAGUGUAUCCGCCAAGCCUUGCACGAGAAGAUCACAAUCUUAGUGACCCAUCAGCUACGGUACCUAAAGGCUGCAAGUCAGAUUCUGAUAUUGAAAGAUGGCAAAAUUAUGAAAAAGGGGACUUAUGUUGAGUUUCCAAAACCUGGGGUAGAUUUUGAAGAUAUCCUUUUAAAGACGAAUGAGGAGGCUGAACCAUCUCGAGUUCCAGACUCUCCCACUCUGAGGGAUCGGCCCUCCGAAUCUUCUGUUCAGCCUCAAGAGUCUCCCAGACCCUCGCUGGAAGAUGCUGCCCCUGAGGACCAAGAUUCUGAGACUAUACAGGUUACCUUGUCACUGGAAAGCCGUUCAGAGGGAAAAGUUGAUUUUAAGGCCUACAAGGAUUACUUCACAGCUGGUGCUCACUGGAAUAUCAUCAUUUUCCUUAUUCUCAUAAACAUCGCAGCUCAGGUGUCCUACGUCCUUCAGGAUUGGUGGCUCUCAUCCUGGGCAAAUGAACUGAGUACCCUGUAUGCCAUGGCAUAUGGAAAAGGAAGUGUAAUCUUGUUACCUGAUCCUGGCUGGUACUUUACACCUUAUUCAGUUCUCACUGCAGGUACCGUGCUAUUUGGCAUCUCGAGGUCCCUGUUGAUGUUCUAUGUCCUUGUUAAUUCUUCACAAACUCUGCACAAGCAAAUGUUGGAGUCCGUUUUGAGAGCUCCGGUAUUGUUCUUCGAUAGAAAUCCAACAGGAAGAAUUUUAAAUCGUUUCUCCAAAGACACUGGGCAUAUGGAUGCUUUGCUGCCCCAGAUCUUUCAAGAUUUCGUGCAGACAUUUCUUCUUGUGAUGGGUGUGGUGGGCGUGAUGGUGGUGGUGAUUCCUUGGACUGUGAUACCCUUGAUUCCACUUGGCAUCAUCUUCUUUGUUCUUCGGAGAUAUUUCUUAGAGUCGUCACGAGAUGUGAAACGCCUGGAAUGCGCAACUCGGAGCCCAGUCUUUUCCCACCUAGCAUCUUCUCUCCAGGGACGCUGGACCAUCCGGGCGUUCAAAGCCCAACAGAGGUUUCAAGAGCUGUUUGACGCUCACCAGGAUUUGCACUCAGAGGCCUGGUCCUUGUCUUUGACCACAUCCCAAUGGUUCGCCCUAUGCCUGGAUGCCAUCUGUGCCGUCUUUGUCAUUUGUGUUGCCUUUGGGUCCCUGUUUCUGGCAGAAACUUUGAAUGUCGGGCAGGUGGGCCUGGUGCUGUCUCUCGCCCUCACGUUCAUGGUGAUGGUCCCGCGGUGCGUCAGGCAAAGUGCCGAAGCCGAGACUAUGAUGAUUUCAGUAGAAAGAGUGACUGAAUAUACAGACCUUGAGAAAGAAGCACCCUGGGAAUAUGAGUAUCGUCCACCGCCAUCCUGGCCCCAUGAAGGAAGCAUUGACUUUAUUAAUGUGAGCUUCAGGUACAGCUCAGAUGGGCCUCCAGUACUGAGGGAGCUGAUGCCAUGGAUUCCCCAAAGAAGCAAGGUUGGCAUUGUGGGAAGAACAGGAGCUGGAAAAAGUUCACUCGUCUCGGCCCUUUUCAGAUUAUCAGAACCCGAAGGUAGAAUUUGGAUUGGUGGGAUCAAGACAACCACCAUUGGACUUCACGAUUUAAGGAAGAAAAUGUCAGUCGUACCUCAGGAACCUGUUUUAUUCACUGGGACAAUGAGGAAAAAUCUGGAUCCCUUUCAUGAGCAUACAGAUGAGGAACUGUGGAAUGCCUUAGAAGAGGUAAUUUAUUAAAUGUAAUUAACUUGUUAGUAUAAGUGUGUGUACAUUUGUAUCACUGCAGGUAAUUAAGGGGAGCUUAUGAGUUUAACUGACUUUACCUCCUAGGAGACCAUUGAUGACCUGGGUACAACUGUAAAUGAAAAUGUGUCUAUUGAUGGUGAUGAAAACUGAGAUAAUGCCUUAUGUUUUCAUUUUAGCUUUAUUCCUAGAACCCAGGGUAACCAGAGACAUCUUGUCCUUAGCAAAGCACUAAACUAGAAAAUAUAAUUAUGGGUUCAAAUUCUACCAAGUGACCCAAUAAAUUAAUUACCUUAAUUACCCUGAAAUACUCACUUUAUUCCUCAGGUCUUAGGGAACAUACUAAGUGGAGACAAUAGUAGUUUUUUCACUAUUAACUGAGAGAUAAAUGAGAUCAUACCAAUAAAAAGCCGUUAAGUUUUGUAAGUGUUUCUAAAGGUAAAUUAUGUAGUUGGGAUAUGAUGAUAAUUGGUUUUUGACAAUCAUGUCAUUUUGAUGCUGCAGCAUGAAUGCAGAUAACAGAACCUGGGUCUUUUGCUCAGUGCUAUAUGCAAAGGUUUAUUUCUAGAAAAUUUUCUGUUAAAUGUGUGUUUCCCUUUACAUGAAUUUUUGAAUUUCCUUACCUUUGCAUGAAAAGGAUUUUGACUUCUUAAAAAAUUUUUUAUUUAUACAUAUAUCCAUUCUUUUUCUCAUAUAGGUUAUUGCAGAAUAUUGAGUAGACCUUUCUGUGGUUCGUGUAUUUUGAUAGAUUAUUUUGUGUAUUCACCCUAGUUUUGUAAAUUGAUUCUAUGAUGGCUGAAGCUCUAUUUAGACUUCUGAACUGUAGAUUGGGUUCUGAUUUCCCAGAGGACCUAGCUCAGUUUUUUGCUUUUAAAAAGAAGCACUUAAUAAAAAGGUUCUAGGAGUUCCCAUUGUGGCUCAGCAAAAAUGAAUCUGACUAG